CAAAACAAAACCACCUAACGUCCUUUCCGAUCUUUAUUCACUGCAUAACUUAUUUCCUGUCUAUCUACCUCACUGAAUUCAAGCUCUUUAUAUUAUUAUUAUAAGGUUGUAAUCCCAUACAUAUCCAGAUCUUCACAUAUUCGUAAAAGACUUUAUCCUUUAUUUCUCAAAUCUCAACAACUCUCACUCUCUCUUCUUGGUUUGCUCGUUUCGUAACAAUGGCGCGAGGCACAUCACAGUCCCAAUCAUCGUCCUCCUCGACCUCGAGGCCCGGCGUCGUGGCUCCGCGCGGCUCUGCUGCCGCGACGGCCGGAAUGAGGCGACGUCGGCUAGGCGGAGGGUCCGCUUCCACCAACGCCAGCUCCGGCGGGAUCGGAGGCGGUGCCGGCUCCGGCGGCAACAUGCUGAGGUUCUACACCGACGACGCUCCCGGCCUGAAGAUCUCGCCGACCGUCGUGCUCGUCAUGAGCCUCUGCUUCAUCGGCUUCGUCACCGCGCUCCACGUCUUCGGCAAGCUAUACCGCCGAUCCGCUGCCGGCGCCGCUUAAUUUUCUUCUCUCGGUUUCGGAUUCGGAGCUCUUUGAUCGCUGUUCUAGAUUCACGCUGAUCUUCGGUUCUUUGACUCGGUAACUGAACGCUUCGUUUUCGUUUUCCUUUUAUUUUUUGGCUAUGUAGAUUUUGGUCGGCGCUGUACUUUCUUCGUUUUUGUUAAUUUCAGAUUCGUCGGGUUUUAUUAACUUCGAAAAAGGCCUUGCUUGACUUCCGAUCAUCUGGUUUUAUUUACUCAUAUUUGCUUGGAUUUUACA